AAAAUUAUGUAUAUUAUUAUUACAUGGCAGCAUAAUAGUGGUCACUGAUUUCACUGUAACGAUACAAACCGUGGAGAAUAUACUCAAAUCAAUCUCAAGUAGAAACCCUAAACCCUUACUAAACCCUAUUUCAUUUAAUCCAGAACUCUGAAACAGAGGAAGAUGGUGUUCUCCGCGAUUCUCCGCAAAUCGGCGACCAAUUUGGCUCCACUGGCUACUCGAAUCGCCCGGGUAAGCCAUAGAAAUUACGUUGCUUCCCUCUUUCCUGCAUUAAAUCACGAUAUCAAUUGUUUCCACAAAAAACCCAUUUUUGUUCCACAAUACUAUUCUACUGCUGCUGAUGCUAAGAAGCCGAGCUCGAGCGAGUUGCUUCUCCGAGUCAUUGACUCAGAGAUCAAGGUGGCUCAGGAAACCGAUGAUCAUGAACGGGUUGAAGAGAUUCCAAAAGAUUUCCCUUUCAAGAUUGAUGAUAAUCCAGGGCAACAAAGUGUAAUUCUAACAAGACAAUAUGAAGGUGAACUUGUGAAGGUUGAAGUUCACAUGCCUGAUCUUGUUACAGGGGAAGAUAAUGAGAUUGACAAUGACACUGAUGAUAUUGAGAAACCAACUCGAUCUAGCCUCCCAUUAAUUGUUACUGUCUCUAAACGAAGUGGAACUUCUCUUGAAUUUGGAUGCGUUGCUUACCCUGAUGAGAUUGCAAUUGAUAGCUUCUCGGUUAAAAAUCCAGAAACUUCUGAAGAUCAAAUUGCCUAUGAGGGGCCUAACUUCCACAAUUUGGAUGAGAAAUUAAAGAAUGCUCUUCACAAGUACCUGGAGAUUAGGGGAAUAAAGCCCAGCACAACCAAUUUCCUCCACGAGUAUAUGAUUAACAAAGACAGUCGGGAAUUCAUGGGUUGGUUGAAGAACCUCAAGACUUUUAUUGAAGCAUGAACAUUUAUUUCUACAAUUUUUUUUCUUUGCUUUGUAGAAUUCAACUGCUAGAAUACUUUGACGAUUUCAUAGUAGUUCUACUCUCUUUGUGAAGUGUAUGCAAUUCUCUUGAGAGAAGUUCAUUGAAUACCAAGAAUAUAUAUCUUUUUGUAGGUGUUACAGUUACAAAUGAAUUUUGGAUAGUAUUGCAUUUA